GUAUUAAAUUCAAUANAGUUAAUAAAUAAUGGGCACAAAACAACGUUCGCUAAUUUUGGAAGAAGUAUUAAAACAAGAUGUGAUAUGGACGAAAAAAUUGGUUACGUUUGUCUUCCAAUAUAUUCCGUUUGUAAAACUACGUCGGUAUUGCAAAAGUUUAGAAAUCUCAUGCAAUGGCAUCGCUUGGUUGACCAGUUGGUUGGCUUUUAUUUGGAUUGCGGACAGCAAAUCACUCUACCAAAUGCAGUUAAAUCUACUCUUUGGCCUAAUUUUUGAUAUAAUAGUAAUUGCCGUGUUGAAAGCUAUAUUCCGACGUAGGCGACCCUCAGUGUGUUCGGAUAUGCUUACUUUGGGACCUGACAAGUUUAGUUUUCCUUCUGGGCAUGCGUCCAGGUCAGCAUUCAUCCUCAUGUUUUUCGUCGUGCUAAACCCUGUCUGGGAAAUACUAUGGAUACCUAUUGUUUCGUGGACGUUGAGUGUGUGUUUGUCGAGGGUAUUACUCAGCCGUCACUACAUAUUGGAUGUUGUUGGAGGAAUGACGGUUGGAGUUGUGGAGGCGCUUUUCAUUGGACUUUUAUGGAUUAGUGAAAAUACGGCAUCAAAUAUUAUCAACUAUGUAACCAACGAUUAUUUGCCUGCAGACGAGGUUUAAUCUCUUUCAUUUUGUUAAAAUACCCCAGUAAUGCAUAUUUGUUAAAAUUUUAAAUUUACCAAGAGAAUAGUAAAAAGCCAACAAAAAUGCAUUUUAAAGAAAAAAAAUUACCGUGGCUGACUCGCUGAUGUGUAAACAAAAUAAGACACCACAUAUUUGUGAUAUGCGCUUACACCUAAGAUUUUUUAUCACACCUAUUAAAAAAUACCGAUAAGUA